AUGGUCUUGCCACACGAACCAGAAUUUCAACAAGCUUAUGAUGAAUUAGUUACUGCUAUUCAGGAUUCUACUUUAUUCACUGAACAACCAAAAUACAAGAAAGUUAUUCCAGUUGUUUCUGUUCCUGAAAGAGUUAUUCAAUUUAGAGUUACUUGGGAAAACGAUAAAGGUGAAAUUCAAGUCAAUAAUGGAUACAGAGUACAAUUUAACUCUGCUUUGGGUCCAUACAAGGGUGGUUUACGUUUCCACCCCACUGUCAAUUUGUCAAUUUUGAAAUUUUUAGGGUUUGAACAAAUUUUCAAAAAUGCUUUAACUGGGUUGUCUAUGGGUGGUGGUAAAGGUGGAUCUGAUUUUGACCCAAAGGGUAAAACUGAUUCCGAAAUUAGAAGAUUUUGUGUUUCAUUUAUGAGACAAUUGGCUAGAUAUAUUGGUCCAGAUACUGAUAUUCCAGCUGGUGAUAUUGGUGUUGGUGGAAGAGAAGUUGGUUUCCUUUUUGGCGCUUACAAGCAAAUGCAAAAUAACUGGUCAGGUGUAUUGACUGGUAAAGGUUUGUCUUGGGGUGGUUCGUUGAUUAGACCAGAAGCUACUGGUUAUGGAUGUGUUUACUAUACUGAAAAGAUGAUUGAAAGAGCCACUAAUGGUAAAGAAUCAUUCAAGGGUAAAAGAGUUGCCAUUUCUGGUUCAGGAAAUGUGGCUCAAUUUGCUGCUUUGAAAGUUAUUGAAUUGGGUGGUGUUGUUGUUUCAUUAUCUGACUCCAAGGGUUCAAUCAUUUCCAAGAAUGGUAUCACUGUUGAACAAAUUGAUGCUAUUGCUGCUGCUAAAUUGAAAUUCAAGACUUUGGAACAAAUUGUUAAAGAUGAAGCUACUAUUUUUGGUGGUAACAAUUCAGUUGAAUACAUUGCUGGUGUUAGACCAUGGACCAAAGUUGGACAAGUUGAUGUUGCUUUGCCAUCUGCUACUCAAAAUGAAGUUAGUGGCGAUGAAGCUAAAGCUUUGGUUGAUGCUGGAUGUAAAUAUAUUGCUGAAGGUUCAAAUAUGGGUUCUACUCAAGAAGCUAUUGAAGUGUUUGAAGCCAACAGAAAUAACGGUGUUUGGUAUGCUCCAGGUAAAGCUGCCAACUGUGGUGGUGUUGCUGUUUCUGGUUUGGAAAUGGCUCAAAACUCCCAAAGAGUUAAUUGGACCAAGGAAGAAGUUGAUGCUAAAUUGAAGGAAAUUAUGAUCAACUGUUUUGAAAACUGUUAUGACACUGCCAAAAAGUAUUCUACUGAUAAAGGAGGUGAAUUGCCAUCACUUUUGAAAGGUGCAAACAUUGCUGGGUUCUUGAAGGUUGCCGAUGCCAUGUUUGACCAAGGUGAAGUAUUCUAG